AUGACUGAAUUCGUCAAGGUCGAGAAGCUUGUCCCCAAGUUCCCGCCGCCGGCGUUCGGCGACAUCGCCAAGGCAUCGAACGACCUUAUCAACAAGGACUUCUACCACACUGCCGCAGCUGCCCUUGAGGUCAAGCUCAAGGCCCCCAACGGUGUCAACUUCACCGCCAAGGGUGUCUCCCCUCACUCCGGCCCUGUCGCCUCCUCCCUUGAGGGCAAGAAGGCUCUUUCCAACGGCAUCAGCAUCACCCAGUCCUGGAACACCGCCAAUGUCCUUGCUACUAAGGUCGAGCUCAACGACACCUUUGCUAGCGGCCUGAAGACCGAGGUUCUCUCCAACUUCAGCCCUGCUGCCGGCAACAAGGGCCAGAAGGUCAACUUCCACUUCAAGCAGCCCAACUUCCACGGCCGUGUCUUCGCUGACUACUCUGCCGCUGGUGCCAUCGGUGCUGUUGCCGAUGCCGUCGUUUCUCACGAGGGCUUUGUUGUUGGUGGUGAGGUCGGCUACGACGUCCAGAAGGCUACUAUCACCAAGUACAGCGCCGCUGUCGGUUACACCACUCCCCUCUACAACGCCGCCAUCACUGCGACCAACUCCCUGAGCGUCUUCUCCGCCGCAUACUACCAGAAGGUCAACCCUGCUGUGGAGGCCGGUGCCAAGGCUACUUGGGACUCUAAGUCGGGUUCCAACGUCGGUCUUGAGCUUGCUGCCAAGUACAAGCUCGACCCUGCUUCCUUCGCCAAGGCCAAGAUCAACAACCUCGGCAUUGCUUCCCUCGCCUACAACACCAAGGUCAACAGCGGUCUGACCUUCGGCAUUGGUGGCUCUUUCGAUACCCAGAAGCUCAACGAGGCCGGCCACAAGCUCGGCACCAGCUUCACCUUCGAGGGUUAA